AUGGACAUGCCUAAUGUGUGCGCCGACCAGGAGAUGUCCAUGCUGAGCGCUCGCCAGCCAUGUGUCCAAGCCCUCACACGGAUGGCGAAGGUUUGGAAGCAAGGAUGCACGGGCCAUCGCUGGUGCCUGGGCUACGAGAGGAGGACCGGGUACUACACAGCCUACAGGCAGGUGUACAGCAUGCAGCUUCACACCGUGUAUCGAUGCUGCCCCGGGUGGAGCCAGAGGGGAGAAGAGAGGGGCUGUCUGCACAGGAUGUGCAGUGCUGACACCUGCUUCAAUGGGGGCAGGUGUGCUGAAAGUGGGGAUCAGGUCUGCCUGUGCCCAGAAGGGUUCCAGGGAACAAGCUGCCAGUAUGAUGUCAACGAGUGUUCAACUGAAAACGGAGGCUGUGAAGGAUCAUGCUGCAACAUCAUUGGCAGCUUCUACUGCAAGUGUCCAGAGGGCAGUCGACUGGGGCCAGACAACAGGGCCUGCCAGGACCUGAAUGAGUGCGAGGAGAUGAAUGGUGGUUGCCAGCAGACUUGCGUUAACACCCCUGGUUCAUACCACUGUGAGUGCAGCCAGGGCUUCCGCUUGCACUCUGACGGCAGAACCUGUCUGGCUGUGACGUCCUGCUCUGUGGGGAACGGUGAUUGCGAGCACAGGUGUGUAGACCUGGGGAGCGAGCGCUUCAGGUGCGAGUGCAGAGACAGCUUCCUGCUGCAGCAGGAUGGGAAACACUGCCAGGAUGUAGAUGAGUGUGCCUCAGGCCACGCCCACUGUGCCCAUCGCUGUGUCAACACCCUGGGCUCCUUCCUCUGCGUGUGUGAGCCUGGCUUUGACCUGGGGGCUGACGGGAGGCAGUGCUACCGUAUUGAGAUGGAAAUAGUAAACAGCUGUGAGAAACAAAAUGGCGGCUGCUCCCACCACUGUGAACACACCACCAACGGACCUCUCUGCUCGUGUAACCAGGGUUACCACCUGACAGAGGACAGGAAGACAUGCAUAGACAGUGAUGAGUGUGAACACGGGGAGGCGUGCUGUGCUCAGGUUUGCAAGAACUCCCCCGGAGGCUAUGAGUGUAACUGCAGGGCCGGCUUCAGACUCAACACAGACGGCUGUGGCUGCGCUGACAUUGAUGAGUGCCUGUCGGAGAAGACUGCUUGUGAACAUCACUGUGUGAACACGCUGGGGUCCUACGAGUGCUUCUGCCGGCUGGGCUUCAGUCUGGACCAGGACCAGAGGGCCUGCCUUCCUCUGUAUGAUAGUGACCUAGAUGGGGAUGAUGACGAAGAGGAGGAGGAAGAGGAUCUGGAGGUGCACAGGUUGCCAGAUCUGCUGUUUCGACACCCCCCUCAGCUGCUGCAGUACACAGCUGCCCUGCUCACUCCCUAUGAGCUGGGCCAUGAGGGGGUACAGGAAAAGUUUCAAGAGCUUCAGAGAGAUUCUACAGGAGAGCUGAAACUGCUCAGCCAUACAGUGUGUCUAGGAGGCUCCUUUGGUGAUGACUGCAGUGUGGGCUGUGAGGACUGUGAAAAUGGGGCGGUGUGCAGCCAGGACAGGGAGGGCUGUGACUGCACACCUGGCUGGACUGGGACCACCUGUAACCAGACGUGUCCAGUGGGGACCUAUGGCCUGGCGUGUAACAGCCUGUGCCGUUGCCAGAACGGAGGUUCCUGUGAGCCUGUGUCUGGGAGGUGUGUUUGCCCCCCCGGUGUGUUCGGCCUGUUCUGCCAGGACGGUUGCCCACAAGGAUACUUUGGGCAGCGCUGCCAGAGGAAGUGUAACUGCCCCAACAACGUCCGAUGCCACCACCUGUACGGAGCCUGUCUCUGUGCCCCGGGGCUGUACGGGCGCUUCUGCCACCUGCCUUGCCCCAGGUGGAGCCACGGUGCCGGCUGCUCCAGGGAGUGUGACUGCGUUCUAGAACAUUCCUCAGGCUGCAACCCCCGCGACGGAACCUGCCUGUGUAAGCCUGGUCACCAUGGUCCCCAGUGUGAGGAAGAGUGUGUGUCAGGGUUUUUUGGUGACAGCUGUCUUCAGCGCUGCGACUGCCCGGCUGAGGGGUCAUGUGACCCCCGGAGUGGAGCCUGUAUUCAGAAGUGUCCAGCAGGACUGCAUGGAAACGGGUGCCAGCUAGAUUGCCCCGAGGGAUUCUGGGGUUUGCAGUGCCAGUCAGUCUGUGUUUGUGAGAAUGGCGGGUCCUGUGAGCAGCAGACAGGCCUGUGUGUGUGCACGCCUGGUUUCAGAGGAUCACUCUGUCAGGAAGUGUGUAAGGCUGGGUUCUGGGGUGAGAGCUGUUCCAGCAGGUGUCAGUGUGGGAACAGUUCUCUGAGCUGCGAGCCUUUGACUGGCGUGUGUGUGUGUGAAUCUGGCUUCACUGGGGAACACUGCCUGCACAAGUGCUUGGAGGGGAGAUACGGGCCAGGGUGUUCCUCGCUGUGUCAGUGUCAGAACCAGGCUCGCUGUGACCAUGUGAGCGGAGCCUGCCGGUGUGCAGAGGGCUGGAACGGGACCUUCUGUGAUGAGAUGUGCCCCCCCGGCACGUUCGGCCCGGGCUGCAGCCAGGCCUGCCAGUGCCCCGGGAGGCGCCAGCGGUGCCAUCCUGCCACCGGGACGUGUACCUGCAUACCUGGUUACUACGGAAACCGCUGUGAGCUGAAGUGUCGAGCGGGAACGUACGGGCUGGGGUGUAAGUCCCGGUGCAGGUGUACCAACGGAGGGCGCUGUGACCCCCAGACAGGGUCCUGCCAGUGCCCGCCAGGCUACACAGGAGCCACCUGCAGCACGGGUUGUCCAGCCGGGCAUUAUGGGAAGGACUGUGCCCGGCUGUGCAGCUGUGAGGAGGGAGGACAGUGCCACCCAGUGACUGGGAUGUGUAUCUGCGCCCCAGGCACGACCGGACUGUCCUGUCAGCACGUGUGCCCUAGGGGGCGCUAUGGUCUGAAGUGCAAACACAAGUGCAGCUGUCAGAACGGGGCGCUGUGUGACCCUAGGGACGGGACCUGCAGGUGUGGAUUGGGCUGGACGGGAGCCUGCUGUGACAUGGCGUGUGUCCAGGCAAGGUAUGGUGCUGACUGUGAGCUGGCCUGUCCUUGCCAGAACAACGGAACAUGUGAUCGUUUUACCGGCUUGUGCAGCUGCCCUGCAGGGUUCUACGGCCCUACCUGCGAACACCAGUGUCCCCAUGGUCUGUUUGGCCUGAACUGUUCCCUCACAUGUGACUGCAGGAGAGGACUCACAUGUCAUCAUGUGACAGGAAUUUGCGAUUGCCCUCUGGGUUACCAUGGCUCCCGGUGUCAGAAACGAUGUGAGGCUGGCAGGUUUGGGCAGGACUGUCAGCAGGCCUGUGAGUGUGUUGGAGAGGCGUGGUGUCAUGCAGCUUCAGGGCAGUGUCUGUGCCCACCAGGGAAGACAGGAGCCACAUGUGAACAGGGUACCUGAUUCACACACACACACACACACACACACACACACACACACACACACACACACACACACACACACACACACACACACACACACACACACACACACACACACACACACACAGAGACACACACAG